AUGGGUUUGAAUUUAAGUAGCGCUCAAAGUUAUCUUUGUAGAGUGAUUCAACUUUCAUCAAAGUAUAGCUGGAUCUUCAUAAAAAGGCACCCAUUAGUUUCUAGUGCCUUGAUUUUCCUCUUCGUGUUGUACUUGUUCCUUUCUUAUGUUUACCACUUCUUGCUUUACAUGUUCCCAUUCCUUUUGUGCACUGCAAUCUUUGUUAAAAUCUUUUGGAGCUCUGAGCAAAACCUUAUUAUAGAUGUAAAAAAGGACAGCAAGAAAAAGAAAGUGGAGAGUGAUGAAAUUGCUGAAAAAAGGCAUCCAAAUACACCAAUCUAUGGAAGGCAUGGAACCCUUGUUAAGUGUCCAUCACAAAAUGCAACAAGCAGAAGAAGGAACUUCACUGGGAGGAAGUUGGAUGUGUACGGCGAUCUAGAACACAAGGCGAAAGAUUUGACCGAAGUGUUCCAAAAUGAAUUCACUAACAUAAUGUUUGGAAAAUCAAGAUCUUAUAGGGUAGAUGAUGAUCAUUCGGAUUUCUAUGACUCUGUGGUGAAACAUGAGACUCCUAAGUGUAAAAACGUGUUCUCUUCCGAACUACCACCACUGCCUGCCACCCCGAAUCCACGCAAUGUUAAUCUCCACAAUGAUACCAAGAAAGAAGAGACUGAUGAAAAGAAUCCCAAGGAUGAAGAAGUUAAAGAAGAUAUCGAGAAAUCUGGUGAGAUGACAGAGGAUGAGCAGAAAGUUCCAAUGGAUAUAGGUAUCGCCGUGACGGAGAGAACCAAGAGGCUAGAGAACCUGAUGGUAAGGAGAAGAGCAAGGGAGCAACUGAAGUUGCACAUUGAGAAAGUUUUGGUUGAUAUGAAAUCAUCAGCUGCCAGAGGACAAAACAUUGCACCAUUGCUUGUGGCAAAAGUAAACAACUCUAUGGAUUCUUCAAAGGAUGAUUUUGAUGGCAUAGAGAUGCCAGGUUCUGCACCAGCUAUGAGAAGUCCUUUUGAUAUUCCCUAUGAUCCUUAUGAAGAGAAACCCAAUCUAACUGGGGAUAACUUUGCCCAAGAAUUCCCUUCUAGUCCACCACCCAACAAGGAUACGGCAUUCAGCAGGCAUGAAAGCUUCUUUUAUGGAUCCUCAUAUCAAAGUAGAGGAAACCAUGACUGGUUUAGCCAAUUAUCCAGAUACGGCACUGAAGCAGCUGAAUCAGUAACUCCUAAUCCACUAAGCGACUACGACGAAACCACACAUGACGAAGCAGACGAGAGAUGCGAAUUCGAAGAUAACGACGACAUCGAAAGAAAAGAAGAGGACGUUGAAGCAGCAGAAGAGAUCAACAAUGCUGCUCCAACAAUCAAGCAUAACGUAACUCAAUCACAGAUAGAAGAAAUCGCAGAAGACAACGACUCUGUCUACAAAUCCGUUCCAGCUACCCUAGCCGCCGCCGCUAACGCUAACGCUAACAACGAUAAAAAUAAUCAAGAAAACGCGACCUUAGACAACAGUACGUUAAGAAGCCACACACCUUCGCUUUCUCUGGCUUCAGAUCUGCAAGUUGAAGUUUCCGAAGUCGGUUCGCCAACCCUAACCGUCGAUGAGAGCCAUGACACCGUUACUACCACAGAUGGAGAGUCUGUGUUGUACGACGGAGACGUCGACAGAGACGUUACGUCCGGUAGCGAAGACAUGUGGGGAGCGUCGCUGCACGCGCGAGAGAGGCGAAGAGUUAGCGAGCAAGACAUAUCGGAAUUGAGUCACUGGAGGGAGAUUUCUUCGCCGGGUUCUUUGAACGUAGACGAGGCAGAGAACGCGGCUGAUGUGAGUUCAAUGUCUUCGAAAUCAGACUUGCCGGAAGAUACACCUAGUGCAACUCAUGCUGGAAGCAGAGAUCACAAUAUCUUUGGAAUUGGUAUGAUGGAUUUUAGAGGAGAAAUUUCCAGUAGAUCACAUCCUUCCCCUUCUUCUUCUUCUUCUUCCAAAGUGCCGCCGCGACGGAAGCGAUUUAUACCUAGCCGUAGCGCCGAGCGUACACCUGAUCGUCGACCACAAUAUUCAAAUAAAGAAGAGGAAUGGAUUAAUGUGACAGAGAAUUUGAUAAACAGGGUAGUAAACAACUCGGCAACUACUGAACAUGAAAACAUUCAGAUCAUGAAAGGUAAUGAAGAUAGUGGUGGUGCAUCAGUUGUAAGACAAGAAGUAGUUUAUGAAGUUCCAACCAACUCAAGUUCAUCAACUUCACCAAGGUCUAUAUUAUUCCAUAAGGCCAUGGUAGACCAAGCUUCUUCAUCAGCUCAUAAUCAGGAAAUGCAAUUAGACGUUCAACAAUCUAACGUUGAGGAUACGGUACCAGAAACCUUAUACGGUGAAAGCAAACUUGACAACAAGCCUCAAAAUAAUCAGCCUUUAGACCUUAGUCAUUCUCAGGUGUGA